CAGCGCACAGCCAGCCUUCCUCCGGCCCGCCUCCCCUGCGCCGUUUCUCCUACCGCGAGCUAUACCAGGCGGCGCGGGAUGGGCAAGGGCCUUCAUCCACCCCUCCUCCCCUUCAGCGCUUCUCCUACAGCGAGCUAUACCACGCAGCGGGCUACUUCAACGCGUCCCUGCAGCUGGGCAAGGGCAGCUUCGGGACGGUUUUUCGCGGGCAGGUGGACGAGUGGCUGGGAGAGCUGCCAUGUGGCAGCAAGAGAGAGGUCGCGGUGAAGGUGCUUCACACGGACAGCGUGAAGGCAUUUGAUGACUGCCUGGCGGAGAUUCUAGUGCUGGGCGGUCUGAGGCACCCCAACCUGGUGCAGCUGCUGGGAUACUGCAUGGAGGACAGCCGGGCGAUUCUGGUGUAUGAGCUGGUGGAACGAGGGGACCUGCACCACUGGCUGCACCCCAACGACCUCUCCCCGGACAGCCCGUGCCUGACAUGGGAGCAGCGUGUGCAGGUGGCAGUGGGCAUGGCGGAGGGCCUGGCGUACCUGCACGGGCAGAAUAUCAUUCACCGCGACUUCAAGUCCCACAACGUCAUGCUGGACAGUGAGCUGAGAGCCAAGGUGACGGACUUUGGCAUGGCCACACGGGGACCAGAGGAGGGCAAGACACACGUUUCAACUCGCAUAAUGGGCACCCUGGGGUACCUCGACCCUGACUAUAUCUAUACAGGUCACCUCACCCCUCUGAGCGAUGUCUUCUCCCUGGGCGUGGUUCUCCUCGAGCUCCUCACCGGCCGAUCCCCCGCCACCACCGCCACACACAACCGCCUCUUCCCCUGGAUCCACAAGCAGCUGGCGCGAGGUAGAAAAGGGGGGGGAGGGGGAGACUCAGCAUCAGCAGCAGCGGCAGCAGCAGAAGCAGGAGGAGGGGGUAAUGAAGAGCAGCAGCAGCAGGGGGGGAGGAAGGCGGAAGGGUUUCAUAUAGGCCAUGUGGUGGACCCACGGCUGAAGGGGCAGUUCUCAGCGGGUGCAGCAAAGAGGCUGCUGCUGGAGGAGGGGGAGGAGGAGGAGGAGGAGGAGGAGGAGGAGGAGGAGGAGGAGGAGGAGGAGGAGGAGGAGGAGGAGGAGGAGGAGGAGGAGGAGGAGGAGGAGGAGGAGGAGGAGGAGGAGGAGGAGGAGGAGGAGGAGGAUGGGCGCAUUGAGUGGAAAGGGGGGAGCUGGAGGAGCAGAAAGAGCAGGAGUGCAAUGGGGUGGCAGUGGGACGGGUGGCAGUGGCACAGGGUGUUCCACGACGGCACCAAGGAGUGGGUGUGCUGGCAACAGCGAAGCCUGCAGUUCUUAGUCACUCUCUGCUCCCGCCGCUCCCUCUCACUCUCCCCCUCGGCUUCCAUCCUCAGCCAAUAUUCCACGACAGCACCAAGGAUUGGAUGUGUUGCCACAAGCGACUCAAAUUCCGAGUCACUCUCUGCUCCCCCCUCUCCCCCUCUCCCUCCCUUUCCCCCCUCCCCCUCCUUUUCCCCCCUCUCCCCCUCUCCCUCCCUUUCCCCCCUCUCCCUCCUUUCCCCCCCACUCCCCCUCUCCCUCCCUUUCCCCCUCUCCCCCUCUCCCUCCCACUCCCCGCCUUUCCCACAACAGCCAGUAUUCCACGACAGCACCAAGGAGUGGAUGUGUUGCCACAAGCGAAGCCUGAGCUUCUGA